AUGGGGAUGCUGGCGCUGAACCGACUCGUGUCUCUGCAGAGCGACCGGCCCCGGCGUCAGCAAGGGGGAGUUUCAGGUCGUCGGCUUUCGGCCUCAAGGACGGGUAAAAGGAAGGGAUCGCCCUGUCAACAAGAUGACGAUGGCAAUGAUUCUCAAUCUGGUAAAAUUAGGAGAACGGCAAUCAAGGAGCUUCCUGAGGACAUAUUGUUUCGUAUACACUCCUUAAUGCCAAUGCGUGAAGCUGCUCGUGCUGCUUGUGCAUCUCACGCCUUUUUAAAUUCGUGGAGAUACCAUCCCAAUCUCAUCUUUGAUAAGGAUACAAUUGGCUUAGAAGAAAGUGUGAGUGGAGAGAAGGUCCACCACAAGAUUGACUGCAUUCUCAGGGAACACAAAGGCAGCUUGAAAACAUUCAAGCUUGACUACGCUCAAAUGAAUGGGCUCGAUGACUUCAGUUAUCUUGACAGUUGGCUUCAGAUUGCUCUUAAGCCUGGGCUUGAAGAACUCACCUUCAUGUUGUCUGCAUCAAUGUCUCAAACAACUGGAAAAUACAACUUCCCAUGCCCGUUGUCUGGAGCAAAGAGAACAUACAACUUCCCAUGCGCGCUUUUAUCUGACAGGGUUGGAAACUCGCUUCGGUGCCUUAGACUUGGUCUCUGUGUCCUCCAUCGCAUAGUUGAACUUGGCCCCUUGAGAAGCCUAACACGCCUGUACCUGUGUCAUUUGAGCAUCACAUGGAAUGAGUUAGAGCGCCUUCUUUCCAACUCUCUCGCUUUGGAGCUAUUAGAUCUUACUAGUUGCAAUGAGAUUAAAUGUCUGAAGUUAUCUAGUGCCCUGCAGCGGCUCAAGGGGCUUCAUAUUUUAGUAUGCCAGAGUUUGAGACUGAUAGAAAGCAAAGCUCCAAAUCUCUCUAGUCUUUACUUUAGAUCAGGAUGCAAGUUAGACUUCUCACUUGUGGAAACAUGGCAAAUGAAGAAACUAUACUUGGUACAAAGCAAUGUUAUCUAUGAUGCCCGUACCAAGCUACCACCCGUUCUGCCAAAUAUUGAAACUCUUUACAUAGAAUCACAGCGUGAGGUGGUUGAUGCACCAAUGCUGCCUACCAAAUUCCUCUACCUUAAGCACCUGACCAUUAUUUUGAGAUUAGGACCAGACGGUUCUGGGGCAUAUGACUAUUUUUCUCUGGUUUCUUUCCUGGAUGCUUCUCCUUCCCUGGAGACUUUGACAUUAGAUGUGACUCAGCGGCGUAUGGUGCAUGAAUCGAUUUUUGUGGAUUCACAACUGAGGCACAUGCCCGGACACCACCAUGGCCACCUCAAGAGUGUGAAGAUCAGUGGUUUCAGCUCUGCGAAGUGCUUGAUUGAACUGACGUGUUAUAUUCUCAAGAACGCGGUGUCACUUGAGUGUCUUACAUUGGACACCAUUUGUGGGCAUAGGUGUUAUGAUGAAGGCGGUGACGAUUGGUGUGUUCCCAUGGCAGAUCCUAUUCUCAUGGAAACCCCUAGGACGCUCUCGGCUAUCAGAACAUACAUUGAGAAUAAAGUUCCAUCUACAGUUAAGUUAACUGUUCUGGAGCCUUGCAACAAGUGCCAUGGUAAAAGACUAGAGCGUCUAUUAUCACUGUCACGCAAUGUCAUUUCCAUUUAA